UUCGAAUUCCACGCGUCGCAACUUUCACGAAACGACACCACCCCAUCGUCAUCCACGCGGGAUCGACGGCCGUAUUUCGAACGAAAAACGUCUCGCGCGGCGAUAAAACCUGCGGUUUAGGCGCUCUUCAAAAUGCCUCGGCAUACGGAUCCUGAUGUCCAUGCGGCAUUUGUCGAGUUCCGCGCUGGCCCGGACGACAAGUGCAUGUCAGUCCAGUGCCUGUAUUGCAAUACCAAGCGCGCAAAGAACACGACGCGCCAGAAGCAGCACCUCCUCCAAUGUGCUCCAUACCUCCAAGCCCACCCAGAGUUUGCCCUCCAGGCCUCGGCGGCCGCAGCCGCCGCCGCCGCAGCAGCUGCGUCGGCACCGGCUGCAACAGCUCCUCCGCCUCCGCCACAUCCAGCACAAUCGACUCCAAUCCCCCCUCCUCCCCAGGCGACUAACGAUGUGUCCCACGGAGCUCCGGCUCAGACGCCCAUUCCGCCCCCGCCGUACGCAACCGAUGAUGUCGUGGGCGCGCACAUCACCUCGAGCUUCAUGCCGAACCCUCGAAUCAACGGAUCGCCGAGUCAGGGCCGUCCGUCACUCGCGAUGACUCCAAAUGACAACCGGCCGGCUCAAAACAAUGCUCAGGCCGGCGAUGGGACACCCGCAGCCAAGAAGCAGAAGACGAAGCCGUCCCCUGGCUCUGUGUACGAGAUACCCCUGCGCGAUGUCCACGCCGCAUUCGUCGAGUUCCGGGCCAAGGAGGACGACAAAUGCAUGUCGGCGAGAUGCAAAUACUGCAAUCAAGUCCGCGCUAAGAACACCUCGAGGCAGAGGGAGCAUCUCAUGGUCUGCCCCGGCUAUCAGUCUGUGCUCAAGGAUAAGAUCCCUGCCAACAACCUGCGGCACCAAUUCGAUGAUGACGACGUCGCGGCCUCGCUGGCCCUGCCGGCCCCGGUUGUCAGCCUCGACUUCCGCAUGAGUAUUCGGGUCAAGCCGAAGCUGAACGUGGGCGCGGGCACCUCGGGCCGGCAGAGCUGGAUCUCGUGUGUCGGUGGGCAGUGGGCCGGCAGCUGGGGCAAGGGCGUGCUUCUCCCCAGCGGACAAGACACCCAGACAACUGUUAAGGACACUGCCACCCGCAUCGACGCGCGCUACCUGAUGCAGACCAACGACGAGCACCCCGCCCUGAUCAUUUGCAAGAUGACCGGAUGGCUGACGGGCGAGCGGGACGUCAUGGAGAGGCUGCAGGACCCUGUCGCCGCUGACAACGUCGCGGCCCACCGUUACCGGCUUCGCGUGAAUAUCGAGCUCGAGACGGGCGACGAGCGCUACCAGGAGGUCAACACGGGCCUGUGGACGGCCAGCGGCUGCAGAAGGGGCGCCGAGAUUGUGUACGACGCGUACCGGAUUGGCUGAACUGCCACCCGUGCGGUCCGUUAGACGGAUGGGCAAUGAGGAUUUGUCUACUCAUGUUCACCUUCACUGGGUGGAAUUUCGGGUUAUUCGUUGGAACUUCAGGUGAUGCCUUGCCAACAUUCGUCAAUGUUUCAAACCAUGUAAUUACAUCGCAGCGUUAGGAACUGGGUGCUGACGGGGGUAAACUGCGCUGACUUUCCCCUUUAGCACGACGUAUCUACCCCCGCCCGCCACAUGUACUGCGCUGGUAUCUUAAUCUACCAUAUCAUCUCAAUC